AUGCCCGGCUGCGGCAGGAAGUGUGGCAAGGAAAAAAAACGACAGUCGAAAGCCUUGAGAAAGAGUGAGGACAAGUACGUAGCGACUGAAAUCACCACAGAUUUAGAUUCAAUAUUGACCGAUGUGACAGAAUACCAGACACUCGACGGAAUGAGCAGCGGAAGUGAUAAAACUGGGUCAAGAAAAAACCCGGAAAAGAAGAGGGACCGGAACCCGAUGAGGACCGGAAAGACUACCAAGAAGUCCCAAAAAUCCCGCCCCAAUUUUGCGGAUAAUGAAUACUCCUCGGAACGGAGCUACACAUCAACCGCAAGCGGAAAAAUUCCCGGGAAAAAACAGCGAUUUCAGCCCUCCAGCGAAACUGAGGAAGAUAUUUCUGAGACGACAGAGACUACUUCAAAAUGCGCCACAGUCAAUCUCUCGAAAUUCCUGGGUGGAGAGUCUACAGAAACUGAAUCCUUCGAAGAUGACGAUGACCUAAUUGGAUGCGAGGAUGAGAUCUGCGGAGGGGCCCGAACAGCAGUGAAGACAAAGCGAAUGAAACCGCCGUCAGAGAGUGAAUCCUCGGAGGAGACGACCUCCGACGGCUCCGAAAAAUGUCCAGAAUUGUGUAGAGAGGAUCCCACAGAACUCCCCGAAGAGAAACCGAUGAAGUGCGACAGCCAGUGUCACAGGAAGAUGUGGCUGGAGAGACAGAGGGAGAAAAAACAAGCGGAAAUAGAUAAUUAUAUGCUACGCAAGGGAUUCAGGUACUUCGACGACAUUUGCAAGUGUUCACUGAAGUGCAUCAUGUCGCAAAUGUGUGUGGACCCCUUCAUGAGAAAUAUUGCUUUCUCCACGGUGGGUUUUUUCGUGGGGAUUAAACUGUGUUGGGAGCUGGAUGGCUUCUACAUCAUCUUCUGAAUGUUAAAUUCGAAGCUGUGCUUUGAAAUAAAUUCAAGUGCAAUGGAUACCAUAAAACAACGCUUAUUUUUACUCUUUAUUCUGUAAUUGAAAUUCACAUUUCAUAGUUUAUGAAUAAAC